AUGGCGUCCUCAGAAUACUAUUGUGCUGGUGGUCAAGAAAGGACCUUUGACGAAGAAUGGUACGAGCAAAAUCUCGAACUUGCGGCUGAGCUGGGCAAAGCGUUGCUGGAGAAGAAUCGAGAAUUGGAAUCUCAGGUGAAUCAGCUGCAAAACAUCAUACACGACCAGCAUGUAGAGAUACAGUCACUGAAACACCAAGUAGAGGCUAUGAGAACCAUGACAGAGACCAGAAAUAGAAUAUAUGAAGAGGUGGACAGGACAGCACAAGAUCUGGAAAACACCAACAAGAAGAUGUUAAUGGAAUCCAGAGCAGACAAACAGAAAUUAGAGAACCAAUCAGCUUUGAUUUAUCAACUGGAAGAAAAGAUUGAUGACCUCGAGAAGAAACUAGAAACUCUGAAAACUGAUGAAACAAAAUUAAAUGGAAAAGUUACUGAAAUGCGACGCACAUCCAGUCUGAAUCGUCUCAGUCUCAGUGACACAAAACAUCAAAAUUCAGCUUACUGCUUUGACAACCUCGCUUGGACACGCUUGGAUGAGUUCAGAAAUAUUCCUCUGACUCCUUAUGAACUUGAGAUAAGAAAACUCCAAGACUCAUUACAUCAUUUAAAAACACAACAGACAAUUGACAGAAGAAAAUAUGAAGUCCUAGAUGUAGAGUGCUCUGUCUUGAUGGAAGAAAAUCAAAUUCUUGAAAACAAAGUAAAAGCAUUAGAAGCCAAACUCUCUGAAGCCAUAAUGGUUCAGUACGAGCUAGAACAAACAUAUAUAAAUCAGUAUCAGCAGAAAAUAUCUUCUCUGAGCGUCAGUAAUGCAAGGGAAGACAUGCGAACAUCUGACCCAAGGAUACUGCAUGAAAUUGAGCAUGACUGCCCUGAACUGAGGUCAGAGGGCAAGGCUGUGAAAUUGGAUUCUGGAAGUAGUUUGUACAGUAGUAAAGAGUCCCUCAAUAAAGUGGCCACUGAUGCAAAAGAAAUCCAUGAAAGAGAUGAAACAAGUCUGUCCAUAUUGGAUGAACUUGAUGUGCAGUACCAAGCUCUGUUUGCCAAGUACCAGGCACUUACACAGAAUAAAAGCAAGUCAAAAGAAGGGGAAACUCGUCAACAGCUGGCACAUAAAGAAGUUCAAACCCUUCUCCACAUUACCUUGAGCAAAGACUUUGGCCAAGACACCAACACUAUUCCUCCAUACAAGGCACUGUUUAAAGAUAUUUUUGCCACCCUUCAAAAGAGCAGGAGAGAGUAA